CCAAUUUCUACUCGUUUAUCCGAUUCUCUGCACACUUUACUGGAUAUUCAAGAAAGCCGCUUCCUUUGUUUUACGUUCUUUAUCUCUCAACAUUUCUUUCUUUCUACAUUUGAAGAUGGGGAGCUCAGACGAGAAAGUUGUUGCUGUGAUCAUGGUGGGUGGACCCACUAAAGGCACUCGGUUUCGUCCCUUGUCAUUGAACGUUGCAAAGCCUUUGUUUCCUUUGGCUGGACAACCUAUGGUUCAUCACCCAAUUUCUGCUUGUAAAAGGAUUCCGAAUCUAGCCCAGAUCUAUCUAGUCGGUUUCUAUGAGGAGCGUGAGUUUGCAUUGUAUGUCUCAUCAAUCUCUACCGAGCUAAGAGUUCCUGUCAGGUAAAUCCUU